CGCAGCCACCGGCCACGCGCCCGGCGUCGGUGAAAGGUGGUGCAGAGCGUGUGACCAUGUCACUGCCGUCAUACUUCCGCCGGCAUGGCCACCUGUGUGCCUCACACCAGUGGGAGGUCAUCGUCACCAUUGUCACAUUCACUGUCUGCAUGCUGACUGUCAACGACCGACAGGCGCCCCUCCAGCGCUGGGACCGCGCUGGCUGCAAAAUACCUCAGGAGUACUUCGGCGCUGACGCCGUGGUGAUGACUGCCGUCCGCUGCAUCGCGCUCCUCUACACGUACCACCAGUUCAGGAAGCUGCGCUCGCUCGGUUCGAAGUACAUCUUGGGUCUGGCCGGACUCUUCACCGUUAUCUCGACGGCCGUAUUCACCUCCAGCAUCGUCAACUUUAUGCACAGCGACCUCACCGACCUCAAGGACGCGCUCUUCUUCUUCCUACUGCUGAUCGACAUGUCGAAGGUGACGCGGCUGGCGCAGUACGCGCUCGCCUCCGGCCACCUGACCGACGUCGAGGACAACAUCGCGCGCGGCAUGCAGGUGCUCGGACCGCAGAUGACGCUGGACGUGCUGGUCGAGGUGCUGCUCAUCAGCGUCGGCACGCUCUCCGGCGUCUACCGACUGGAGGUGCUCUGCUGCUACGCCUGCAUGUCAGCCGUCAUCAGCUACCUCAUGUUCAUGACCUUCUACCCGGCCUGCCUCUCGCUGGUGCUGCAGAUGUCGAGUGAUGUGGAGGCCGACACGCAGCCGUGGCACAUCAAGUCGCUGGCCAGCCUGCUGCAGGAGGACGAGCAGAAGCCCAACAUCGUCAUCCAGCGGGUCAAAAUCAUCAUGUCGAUCGGUCUGACCUUCGUGCACUUUGUCAGUCGCUGGCCCAGCGUCGCUACGGACGGAGCAGCCUCGCUGUUCGGAGGCGCCGGCGACGUGGACAGCUGUGACGCGCCCAUCCCCAGCCCGUACGGUGUCCUGCUCAGGUGGAUGAGCGUCAGCGCCGAGCACCUGGUGGUGCUCAUCAUAGUGGUGGCGCUGGUGGUCAAGUACGUGCUGUUCGAGCAGGCCGACGCCGAGCAGAUCCGACUCAGCGUGGGGGCCGACGACCAAGCCAUGUUGCGCGUGCUGCGUCCGCGGCUGCGGCGCCGCUGCACCUCGGUGCUCAUCACGGAGGACUCGGACGGCGAGGUGAAGGUGGACGAGCUGCCGCCGCCGGCCGCCUCGGCCGACGCCAGCUGCCAGACGCCGCCCGACGAGCCGACGCCGGACGAGCCGGCGCCGGACGAGCCGCGCCCGCCGCGGCCGCUCGACGACUGUGUCCGCGCGCUGGAGGACUCGCUGUCGGACGCCGAGCUGCUGGCGCUGCUGCGCGCGCGCCGGCUGCGCGCCUACCAGCUGGAGGCGCGGCUGGCCGACCCGGAGCGGGCCGUGGACGUGCGCCGCCAGCACGUGACCGAGGCCGGCCACCUGCUGGACGCCAUGGACGAGCUGCCGUACCGGGGAUACGAGUACGAGCGCGUGAUGGGCGCCUGCUGCGAGAACGUGGUGGGCUUCAUGCCGCUGCCGCUGGGCGUGGUGGGGCCGCUCACGCUCGACAACAGGCAGUACUACGUGCCGCUGGCCACCACCGAAGGAGCGCUGGUGGCCAGCACCAACCGCGGCUGUCUGGCCGUGCGCAAGUGUGGCGUCAACAGCUACAUCGUGGGCGACGGCAUGACCCGGGCGCCGGUCAUCGAGUGUGUGUCGGCCAAGCAGGCGAGUGACAUCCUGUUCUGGCUGGAGACGACGGACGGCUUCCACGCCGUCAAGCUGGCCUUCGACUCGACGUCACGCUUCGCCCGCCUCAAGAACGUCGAGGUCAGCAUGUUCGGCCGUCAGCUGUUCGUCCGCUUCGUGGCCAAGACGGGCGACGCCAUGGGCAUGAACAUGGUGUCCAAGGGGACGGAGAAGGCGCUGGAGCACAUACAGCAGCUCUUCCCCGAGAUCGUCAUCACCAGCGUCAGCAGCAACGUUUGCACGGACAAGAAGCCGUCGGCCGUGAACUGGAUCCGCGGCCGCGGUAAGUCGGUCAUCUGCGAGGCGGUGGUGCCGGCCGAUGUGGUCACCAGCGUGCUGAAGACCACCGUGCCGGCCAUGGUGAACCUGGCCAUCAAGAAGAACCUGAUCGGCUCGGCGGUAGCAGGAAGCAUCGGCGGCAACAACGCGCACGCCGCCAACAUUGUCACCGCCAUCUACAUUGCCACUGGCCAGGACCCGGCCCAGAACGUGUGCAGCAGCAACUGCAUGACGCUGCUGGAGCCGUGGGGCGAGACGGGCGAGGACCUGUACGUCACGUGCACCAUGCCCUGCCUGGAGGUGGGCACGGUGGGUGGCGGCACCGUCCUCAAGGCGCAGCGCGCCUGCCUGCGCAUGCUCGGCUGCCAGGGCGCCAACGCUAGCCAACCGGGUCAGAACGCCCGACAGCUGGCCAGCGUGGUGUGCGCCACCGUGCUGGCUGGCGAGCUGUCGCUGCUGGCCGCUCAGAGCGCCGGGCACCUCGUCAAGAGCCACAUGACGCUCAACAGGAACGCGACUCCUCGGACCAGCCGCCAGGAGGCGCUCAACCGCUAGCGGCAGUCGCCGCGCUCGGCUGCAUCACCAGCUAGGACCGGCUCCGAGCCUGAGCGCGGGGACGGGCCGGCGUCGGUGGCUACUGCCCAGCUAGGGCCGGCUCCGAGCCAGGAGGCGCUGAACCGCUAGCGGCAGUCGCCGCGCUCGGCUGCAUCACCAGCUAGGGCCGGCUCUGAGCGAAGAGGCGCUGAACCGCUAGCCGCAGCCGCUGCUGCCGGCGGCUGCUGACGGGCCUCGCCAUGCGGCGGUCAGGCUCACGUUCCUGGGCUUCCGCCUCGCACCCAGCCGCCUCGUCUCCGCCCGGCCGACAGCCCCGACCAGGGACGUCACCAAGACCUGAGGCUCUGGGAGAGACAACUGACGACCAGUGCGUGUGUGUGUGUGUGUGCGUGGGGUACCCAGACUGGUACCUUGCGGUUCAAACCGAGGAUGAGUGGCUAAGCUGUUGCAAUUAGGCUUGUGUGUGUGUUGUCAUCGCAUCAGGCGGGGAUUCGGAGGUGGCGUGGCGCCCUCGGGGCACGUGCCUGGUCCCAGCGGGCCAGUGUAACCCGGCCGACCGGGCGGCUGGACCGGCCCGGUCCCCGCCUGGCGCUGGCCGAGACCGCCCGUCGACGCUGCUGCCGCCGACCCGCCCCACAAAAUACUCGGCGUGUGUGUGUGGUGUACGUAGAGUGGCGGAUGAGGGAGUGCACGGGAAUGUGCAGAGGUGGUGUUCUGGAGGCCGGCUCCUGUUUGAUCUGUUCCCUGGGAAAACGGGUGGUGAGAUGUGUACCUCGUGCCGGGGCGUCGGCGUCAGCGAAAGGCCGCGAGGAACUGCCGUGAAGGGGUCUGCUGGGAGCAACUGUCGUCGUGAAGCGAUCUGUUGGUAGGAACUGCCGUGAAAGGGCCUGUUGAGAAUACGUGUGUGUUGCGUGGUAAUGGGCCCGCCUGUUGCAUCCCCUGCUAGCGUUCGUGGUACGGUCUGUCUUUCAACUCCGCAAGUCCUAGAUCCUUUAGUUAUAUCUUUGCACCCCUACCUCGUGUAUGCAUGAAGCGAUGUUAAUUAGUUUUACAUUUAUUUAUUUAUUAGCCCCGUGUUGAACACGGCUCAGGAUAGCUUCUGACGCGUGGUGCCGUUGAAGUCGUAUGACAUGGACGCGGUGGGCUGUAUGAAUUCGGGGAGCAUUUGGCCCGUUCAGUUUAAGUUGGUGUAGGAAAUGGAAAAUAAUGCCAUGCCUAGUACUUCGUGAGAAAAUCCCAUCGCCAUGGCUCUCGAGGGCAGCUAUUUCUGUCCUCAAAAUGGAAAGCCGUCCCUGUCAUGCGCACCAAAGAUGACGUUUGUGCCCAGCAGCGCGCUGGUGGCUGCACCAGCGAAUUUCUAGCAACGUGACGAGCGCUGCUGCCCAGCGUUAGGGAAAAUA